AGACCGUCAUAUACAGGGCAGUGCAGUGCAUGCAUUAUAAACAUCAUAGCUAUUGAUAAGACUGGAUCUCUGCAGCUGCUACAUCUGGUAUAUCUCAAUUUCAAACCAAUCAUCGAAAUGAAGUUCGUCAGGUUUAUAAUGAAGAAUGCGGCUUUGGCCAAUGCGCCUCAUCACAUCGAACACUUCUCUAAAUUUUCACCUUCUCCACUUUCCAUGAAACAGUUUCUCGAUUUUGGUUCCACGAAUGCAUGUGAGAAGACGUCUUUUGCUUUCCUGAGACAAGAGCUGCCCGUACGACUGUCAAACAUCAUGAAAGAAAUUAACUUGCUCCCUAAAAGAUUACUUACCACACCUUCUGUACAAAUGGUUCACAGCUGGUAUACUCAAAGUUUGAUGGAGAUCUUGGAAUUCCUGGAGAAAAGUCCAGAUGACCACAGUGUGUUAGAAGAGUUUGUGGAUGCUCUGGUCAACAUCCGAAACAGGCACAAUGAUGUUGUACCCACUAUGGCCCAAGGUGUAAUUGAAUAUAAAGAAGUAUUUGGUCAAGAUCCAGUCACUAAUCAGAAUAUUGAGUAUUUCCUGGAUCGUCUCUACUUGAGCCGGAUAUCCAUCAGAAUGCUAAUAAACCAGCACACUCUUGUAUUUGAUGGAGCCACAAAUCCAGUUCACCCCAAUACCAUUGGCUGUAUAGACCCUCAUUGUCAGGUGGCUGACGUUAUUAAAGAUGCAUAUGAAAGUGCCAAGAUGCUGUGUUAUCAGUACUACCUCUGCUCACCUGACCUGGUACUUCAGGAACUCAACACUAACAACAGGAACCAGCCUAUCAGCAUUGUAUAUGUGCCUUCCCAUCUGUACCAUAUGCAAUUUGAACUGUUCAAGAAUGCAAUGAGGGCGACCAUUGAGAACCAUAAAGAAGGCAGUAAUCUUCCACCCAUUCAUGUUAUGGUGGCCAUAGGAGGAGAGGACCUCACUAUCAAGACGAGUGACCGAGGUGGUGGAGUUCCUUUCAGAAAGAUAGAGAAUCUCUUCAGUUACAUGUACUCCACAGCACCAACACCCCAGAUGGAUGAGAAAAAAAUGGCUCCCCUGGCUGGAUUUGGUUAUGGGUUGCCCAUUUCUCGACUUUAUGCCAAGUACUUCCAGGGGGACCUCCAGCUCUACUCUAUGGAGGGCCAUGGUACUGAUGCGGUCAUUCACCUGAAGGCUUUAUCCACCGACUCAGUCGAAAGGCUCCCUGUGUUUAAUAAGACAGCUCGACGGAACUACGAGGUCACGCAGGGGGCAGAUGACUGGUGCGUUCCCAGUCGAGAGCCACUGGACCUGGCCAGGUUCAGACUGGCCAAGUGAAAAGAAGCAUGAAGCCUCCAGGAAGGAAAUAGGACAGUUAUCUGACCUUCUGACAUGAGUGAAUGGGAAAGGACAUGGCAGAGCCCCAAGUCUCUACUCACUGUGAAGCCGUGUAGUCUCACAGCAAUACCGUAGUUGUUGCAUGCAAUGGUUUUCCUCUGCACCACCACCAUAACUUGAUCAUAUCAUUUUUUUAGUUGAGAAACUAGGCUUUGCCACAGUGUUACCUGCAGACCAUACUAACUCAUAUGAAGUUGAACUAUGAAGAUAAUCCUUUAUCGGAAGCCUGUUUAGUGGACGUUCCAGUAUGGAAAAGUGAGCCAGAUGGUCAAUUUACUUUCUAAAGCCUGUGUUAGCAGACAAGGGCCGUCUAGACAAGUUAUUGGAACCAGAAAGUGACAACAGGCUUAUGCCAAAAAAGUUAAAAGCACAUAAAAUCAAAAAAUAAGGGCCAAAAUUGGGUGAUAAAAAUCCAAAUGCAGCCUAUGAUGUGUCACUUAUGUAAGAGUGUGCUAGAAGAACAUGUUCCACUGCAGUAGUAAUGCUGAAAUCAAGGAACGCUUGUAACUAAAUGAGUUUGAUUGCUGAAUGUAGGAGUGUUCAUACUCCGAAUGGCCAAAUGCUGAGAGAAAGAGAUCAUAGAGGCCAUAAUUGUAUCUGUAUUAGUGUGUGGCCAAUAUGUCCCCUAGUAUUUUCUUCACACUUAAAUUGAAGGUGCUAGAUGGGAUCUGUUGGAAUAUACCAAUUAACUCAUUGAUUUAAACUUGAAACACUUACAACUGAAAUACACCGAUCAUUUCAAACACAGUGUUUUGUGCAUGUUUAUUCUUAAACAUGCUGAAGCAUUUUAGAUACCUCAUCGACUGAAGAUAAUUUGUCAACUCUAGGACCUUCGCUCAGCUGUUGCCUUUUUCAGAUUUGUGGGCCUUUGGCCACUAGUUCUCUGUGAAUAUUAUACAGCAUGAAAUCAGAGCUUCUAAUUUUAAGACUGCUCUAUUGAGAGCAUGUUUACUGUAUUAAAUCAGCCAUCUGCUUUGAACUUGCACCAUGUUACCUUACAUGUAAGGACCAUAUUUUGUGUAUUUAUGUUUUUGUCGUGUUAUUCCAGAAAAUCUAAACUUUAUUUUUGUAACAUGUUUUCCAUCUAAAGCAAAUGAUGAGUAUAGAAUUGAAAUAAAAAAUUUUUUUGUCACUUA